AUGGCAUCUGCAAGCAGCUCUGCACAAGCCGCCUUCGGACUGGGCCGGAGGAAGAAGAACCCCGGCCUCCUGGAUCAGAUUGGAAAGUUCUUUGGAGGGGACAAGAAGAGGAAGAGCAAGGGAUCUUUCCGUGGUGCUCUCUCUCCAGGCCCUCAGAAAGCCUCUGCGACUUCCCCACGCAAGCGCGGAGCAGAGAACGCUGUGGUCCAUUUCUUCCGCACGAUCGUGUCCCCUGCCCCUCCCAAGUCUAGGAAGUCACAGUCUAAAGCCAAGAAGGCCAGCGCAGGGGACGGCAAAGGCACCCUGACUAGGAUCUUCAAAAUGGGAAGCAGGAGUGCUUCUCCAGCCAAACGCUGAAGUCCCUCUCUACAACCCCUUCCAACAGCACAAGGGCAGAUGUUCAAGAACACGGGACUAAAGUGGGGAAAAAGAGGAAGAAAAAGAGGAAAUCUUGUCACCCCUUAAACUCACCUUCCCCUCCACCUCUGUUAACAUUCUAAUGUUCGCUAAAUCCUUCAUCUCCCCUAUUACCCCCCUAUACCCCUUUGGCUGGUAGAUAGCGACACAAUCUGUUGCCCCUUUCCCCUGCAUGCGUUGUGCUGAGUCUGUGCAGUCAUCAUCAUCGGUUUGAACUUUUUGCUGAAAUUGAUCCUGAAGCCGCUCACAUGUGCAGCCUGAAUGACCCCCGGCCCCUGCCAUGGCUCUCGAUACUUGUGCUUGAGUUUCUGUGGAUACGUCUUUGAUGGUUUCUCUAACAAAGGGUGGCGAAACUGAAGCAGACCUGGAACAAUUGAAGGUUAAGGCCGGUGCAAGUCCGACUGACUUGACCGUUAUUGCCGUUUGCUGAUUGGUUGAGAAGACCGGGUCGAUUCGGUUUCAGUAAAGAGCUUUUUUUUGUCUUGUCACACUGUCUACGUCAUUUCCUCUUUCUGUGCACCUAAACAUGAUCCUGUGUUUUAAGUAUUGUUUUGUGAUAGAAUUAACCGAUUUGACAUUAUUACGAGAGCCAUUUUGUUCAUAAUGUGUUUUCAUUCUACCCUUGUGCCGUAGCUGUAGUUAAGUGUCCUGUCAUAAAUGUGAUGUUGAUCUAUGUUUGUUAAUAGGGCCAAAGGCUGGCUGCGGAUUUUGUGGUGAACACUGAGUUUCUUAACCUUCUAAAUCAAUUUCUGCAAAGUCAUUUCUAAUGUCUUAGUUCUUUUUCAGUGCAUGAGAUAAUGGCAUACGCUAAUUUUCCCCCUCCAUAUGCAUGACUAAAUUAUUUUGUAGUGCCGUUUUCCACCUUUAAAAACAGCCAGACUCUGAAUCUGAAGCAUCAUGUUGGUGCUGCAAACACGGCUCCUCCAGCGCAAUGCCAGAUUCAGACGUUUCCUCUAUGCAUCAGUGUAGGUCUCUCCUUUGUCUUCAGUAUAUCUGCACAGCACACAUAUUGUGUAAAACAACAAGUGCCUUUCCUCCUGACUACCAAAACAAUGUGCUGUGUUGCCCUUUUGUGGAUAAUUUAAAAACACAAACACAAUUUCAAAAAGGUGCUCUGUGACUAACUCUGUAAUGACACAUUAUAAGGUGUUUCUUGAGAAUGUGUGGGUUGCAAGUUUUCAGAAAAACAGUCGGUCAAAGAAAAGAACAUCCAUCUUCCAAAUGUGUUAAAAAAAAGCAGGCAUGUGUGAACUGUAGCGUUCAUCUCUCUCUCUCUCUGUUUGUGUGUGCUUGAGCCUCUUGAGUGCUUGUAUAGUGUUUUUUUUCUGAAUGGAUCCUGUGAAUGAAUGUAAAGACCCUCCUCAUUAUUGUAUGUGUAAUAAACAUGACCAGCCACUUAACUGAAAAUAAAAAAAUAAAAAUGAUAAAACCAACUCUACUCUUUGCCUC